AUGGAAGCUAUUGUCGGUGGUGGGGAUGGUGAUGGUGGUGGUGGCGCCUCUCCUUGUGAUGAACCUUGGUCUCAUGAGGAUGUCGAACAAACGGACAAUGAUGCACCGUAUUGCCUGUCACUACUUGCUGCUGUAACACUAGAUCCAACUUAUUCAACAAGUAGAACUACUUCAAUUGACACAAACAGUGGUGGAAUUACAGCAUCAGGUGCAACAAUUCCAAGUGGAAAUGGUGGAGAUAGUAGUACUGAUGCCUUUGCUGGUGGCGCAAGUACUCCAAGUGGUGCCGCUGCCAUGUCCCUUUCGACCGUGUUGUUACUGGUCAGUACGGGUUGGAUGAUUUAUGAACUCGAAUGA